AUGAAGGAAGUUGCUUUAACUUAUCUUGACAGGAGUGGUGGCCUUCAGAAAUUUGUGGAAGACUGCAAAUUGUACAAUGACUCAAAGCAAAGUUAUGCUGUCUUUCGGUUUCUUAUUUCUGUAAAUCCAUCUGAUAUUGCUGAGUUGGACGCUACUCUUGGAAAUUAUAUUCUGCACGAGCCUGUGAAGGCCACACAGAUUUUUCAGACAGUGUGUUUUACAGCUGUUAAGUCACUGACACUGAUUCAGCAGCUGCAGACAGAGGCCCAGAUGAACAUAGUACUGAAACUAACACAUUUGCCAUCCCUGCCCUGUUACAUCCUCAGUCUUUGCACAUUUCCAUUUGAUUACAUGUCUCAAAGAUUUUAUAUGUCAGAAGGAGUAGUGAUCGCAGCAACUGCUGUAACAAAAUAUACACAAGGUGCAAGAUUUGUUUGUUCCGAGGAAACAUGCCCAUUUUCUGAAGGGUUUCAGUAUAUAAGAGUACAUACUCCCGGUGCUACAGAAUCUGCAACAGUGAGAAAUGAUUUUGUGUGCAGUUUAUGUUCUUCACCACUGCAAGAAGACAUCAAAUAUCGAGUACUUGGUGACAAACAGAUUAUUGAAAUGACUGAUACAAAAGCAAUGAGUGUUUUUCAAGGAUUUUCCAGCAGUAAAAACCAUUUCAGAUUUCAGUCUUAUACUGUUUUCCUAAGAGAUGAGCUAUCCAAUAAAAUUAAAAUAGGGAAUAGGUACAAAAUUAUAGGAAUUCCAGUCUGUAUGCAAAAUGGCUCACAAGUCAUAGUGUGCCUGGAAGCCAACAGUGUGCUGCUCCCUAAUCUCAGAGACCCUCCUUGCAUCAGUGAAAAGUUUAAGUAUCUGCUUGCUUUGACUUCGAAUUCUUGUUGGAGAUUUACAGCUGUUUUUGCUGACAGCUUUGCCUCCCAAGUCCUUCCACCAGGCAUUUACAACACUCUCAAGCUGGCCUUAUUGUUGAGUCUAGUACAGACAAAUGACAGAGAGGAGGCAACAGCGGAGUACCUGGAUCUUUUGGUAGCGACAAAAGAUUCUUUAAUAGUGGAGAGACUUCUGAAUUACAGUGUUUGCCUUGUGGACCGGGGCAUAAGGCACAUACCAUCUGGCAAGGUUUUUCCUUCUGUAUCCAAAGAUAAACAUGGUACUGGAAUUGCUAGCAUUCAGGCUGGUAGUGCUUUGCUGGCCAAAGGUGGAAUCUGUUUCAUAGGAGAACUAUCUUCAUAUAAGAAGGAUAAACUUGAACAGCUGCAGUCAGUGCUAGAGAGCAGAACUGCUACAGUAUUCAUUCCUGGAAAGAAAUAUGGAGAAGAUAUUGAUCAGCAAAUUUCUUUUCCAAUUCAAACCAGUUUCUGGUCAUUUAUUGAUGUAGAUUCCUGUUCCAGAAAGCAUAUUCUAAAGGAUGAUAGUCCAAUUGGCCAGAUAGAUUUGAGUCUGACUUCAGCCAACCUUAUAGAUGCUUUUGGGCUUUUGAUACACUGCACUCAACCAUCAUUUUGCCAUUCAGUGCUUCCUGUUGUGAAUUUCAUUUUGAAGGAGGCUGUUGACCCAGAAGAGGCAUCUUAUGCGGUCCCCCAACAGUUCAAAACACAAGAUUAUGAGGAGUUUCUUGCUUUUGCUAAGAAUUUGCAUGUGGAACUUGGUUCAGAAGCAGAAAAACUUAUUCAUGGUUACUACCUAGCAAGUCGCAGAGUAAGAACACAUGCCAUUCAUGGAUCAAAUGUCUCAACAGCUGCGCUAAAAGUUUUGAUUUCAUUGUCUGAAGCGCAUGCUAAACUGAGUUUAAGGAUAAAAGUACUUGAAGAAGAUGCCUUGAUUGCUAUUUUAUUAUACGAAUCAUCUCUCACUUUAAAACAUGGUGCCUCUGUAUUUUGUGUGCCCCCCGAUGCCAUUUUCCCAUUUGAACUCAACAGUGAGAAUUCUCUGGAUCAAAGGGAUGUUUAUCUUGUGCAGUGUCAUCAACAUCUGAUGCAGUUCAUUGCUACAUAUGGGCCUGCAACACACAUUCUCAAUACUGAAGAUUAA